CACGGAUGAUGAUAAUUUCAUAAAAGAAUACAAAUUUCUUAAAGUUUCCUUUGUUCUAUAUAAAGACGAAGACACUCAAUAGUUUUAACGUACUUCAUCAUUUAAUCACUAAAUCAUACCCUAAAACUCAAGAUGGGGCUUCUUUACAAACAAAACCUAUUCUUUGUGAUACUUCUCCUCCUUGGUUUCCUCGUCCUCUCUUAUGCUUGUGACUGUAGUGACCCUCCAAAACCAUCUCCACACCCCGUAAAACCCCCAAAACACCCCGUAAAACCGCCCAAACCACCCACCGUCAAGCCACCUUCUCACACCCCAAGACCACCCACCGUUAAGCCACCUCCUUACACUCCAAAACCACCCACAGUUAAACCACCUCCUCACACUCCGAAACCGCCAACUGUCAAGCCUUCGCCUCCGUACACUCCAUACCCUCCGUACACUCCAAAACCUCCCACUGUCAAACCACCGCCAACUUCAACCCCAUCGCCUCCACCACCGUACGUCAAGCCACCACCUGUUCCAACCCCAGAGACGCCGUGCCCGCCGCCACCACCACCACCAUCAACCCCAUGUCCUCCUCCACCUCCAGCACCAACACCUGAACCGGAGACAUGCUCAAUCGACGCGCUUAAGCUAGGCGCCUGUGUGGACGUGUUAGGCGGUUUGAUUCACAUCGGACUAGGGAAAAGCUACGCAAAGGCAACUUGUUGCCCGGUUCUUGGUGGUUUAGUGGGUCUUGACGCAGCGGUUUGUCUCUGCACCACCAUUAGAGCCAAGCUUCUCAAUAUUGACCUCAUUAUUCCCAUUGCUCUUGAGCUUCUUGUUGACUGUGGUAAGACUCCACCUCGAGACUUCAAGUGUCCUGCUCCACAAAGAAAGAGUCCUCUCUUGGGUUGAUCUCUUGUGUUUCAUUUGAGACAGUACAAGUGUUUGAGAGCUGAAGAUCUAGGUUUUUUUUUUCCCUGUUUUCAGUUGCUGAAACAGUGACUAAAAAGGAUCUAAAUUGUAUUACUUCUCUAAAUCAAAAGGAAACUUUUAUGUAAGUGGUGAUUGUACGUUGAAAAUAAUGUUAUUUUAAAUUUGAUUUUAAAAAGGUAUUAUGAUAAAAUAAAAUAUUUCAGUUAUCAGCCCGUAUAUUUUACUUUGUU